AUGUCUGGACGGGAAUGCUUCCGCUGCCAUAAGUCUGGCCAUUUUGCCCGUGAAUGUCCGGAGGGCCACGGCGGUUAUGGGGCCGGUGACCGUGGUUACGGAGGAGGCCGUGGUGGAUAUGGCGGUGGAGGCCGUAUGGGCGGCGGUGGCGGCGGCGGCGGUGGUGGUAGCCGGGGCUGCUUCAACUGCGGCCAGGACGGACACAUGGCGCGCGAGUGCCCUACCGCUUCCUCAGGCCGUUCGUGCUACCGCUGCCAACAGCCUGGACACAUUGCCCGCGACUGCAAUUCUAACUUGUAG